CGACAAGAGCGAGACCAAAUUAGACAAGAGGAGGCGGCGGCAGCCAAUAGCAGGCAUGAACAAAUUAUGGAGACUCACAGAGCGGAUCCAGAAAACUCGAGACAAAACCGGAAAGCUGAAAGAGAGGAUAGGAAGGCGGAGAUGGAAGAAAACCACAGGGGGUUCGACAAGCAGAUGGAGCUGGACAGAUCCGAGGCAAGACAGCGUCACGAACAAAUGAUGCUACUGAUUACAUCCAUGGUUCAGAAGAAGCAGUAGCAUCUAAGUCGAAGUUGAGUACAAAUAC